AUGUCUGGAUCUGAUAAAGAAAACGACGGACAUGCGCACAUCCAAGUCCCCAGUGACAGCGACAAGCCUUCACCGCGCCCAGAUGGCGAGUCAAGCCCUGGCCUCAGGAACAGCAAGGGUUGGGAUGGCAAGCUUCGCAUGCCAAAGUCGGCUUCCAUGACAAACCCAGAGGCUCUCACCGAUUCUGACUACUCUGACGAUGAGAAUGUCAUGAAGGGAGAACAGAUCGACGCUGAUGAGGAUCUCCUCGAUGACGAAGAUCCCGAGACGGACGAAAUUAUGUGCUCGCACUCUCGAAUCGCCUCGAUUUCCUCUCUACGCCUCGAACGCUUCAAGAACGUUUCCCGUAUCUGCCUCCGCCAAAACAGCAUCGAGCAGAUCGACGGCCUGUCCGCCCUAGCCGAGUCCCUCGAAGACCUUGACCUCUACGACAACCUCAUUUCGCACAUUCGCGGCCUCGACGAGUUAACAAACCUUACAAGCCUUGAUCUAAGCUUCAACAAAAUCAAGCAUAUCAAGCACAUUAACCACUUGACAAAACUCAAGGAACUGUACCUUGUCGCCAACAAGAUUGGUAAAAUCGAGGGGCUGGAGGGGCUGGAUAAGUUGACAUCUCUUGAGCUGGGAUCGAACCGCAUUCGCGAAAUCAAGAACCUCGAUUCUCUGAAGGCAAUUGAAGAGCUUUGGUUGGCCAAGAACAAGAUUACUGAGCUCACUGGUCUUGGUGGUUUGCCCAAUCUUCGACUACUGAGCAUUCAGUCCAACCGUAUAAGCGAUUUGUCACCACUCAAGGACGUCCCUACGCUUGAGGAGCUAUAUAUCUCACACAACAUGCUGGAAUCUCUAGAGGGCCUGGAGCAUAACCCCAAGCUACAUGUGCUGGAUAUCUCAAACAACAAGAUCACCAGCAUCAAGGGUCUUGAGUCACUCGCUGAGCUGGAAGAGUUGUGGGCCAGCUAUAAUCUCAUCAACGAUUAUAAGGAGGUUGCCAAAUACCUUGCCGAUAAGAAAGAAUUGACGACGGUGUAUUUUGAAGGAAACCCGCUGCAACUGCAGGAACCUGUGGCAUAUAGGAACAGGAUCCGAAUGACGUUGCCGCAGGUCAAACAGAUUGAUGCCACAUUUGUUCGAACAUGA